UAAUAUUCGCGGAUAUGAACAGUGUUGUGCCUGUCCUUCUUGAGCACACCGAUGGCAGGCAUUUCGCGCAACUCUUGGGUCGCAUGUCUGGAGCUAUUAGCUCGAGAUCUGCUACCAUCAGUGUUAACGUUGUGCGUGGCGUAUAUGUGGUUUCUAGACGUUCAAUUGACCCUUUAUUCAAGUUGGUGGAGCCUGUUAGUACUCCCAACGCCUUUCGCAUAGCCAGUACUGCAUUUAAAUUCUCCAGGCCGAAUUCUACAGAAACAGCAGCGAGCUCAUCUUUCUUGAUCCACGAUGUGCGCAGUAUGUGCUUAAGCGCCACUUAUAACGGGCUGUCUAUAGCUGAGGUUUCGCUCAGGGCUGUCUAGCGGUGCGUUCCAAGAUAUUU